GGUGCAAGUGUUCUGAGUCGUUUUUCGUCCUCGUGGGCAGCGGGGAAGCCGAAUGUGUCGGCCACGAUGGUGUCCACUGUGACUCUCUUUCUUGCGGGCUGCGCCGUCUGUAUCAUGCCCUACUGGAGCAGCCUCAUUGGUCAGAUCAUACUCAUGGCGGCGUUCGGACUGGCCAUCUCUCCCUUUUUCUCCCUGACUUCAAUCAUUCUUUGUGACAUUCUCGACUUGGAGGCCCUGACAAACGCCUACGGAAUUGUGACGUUAGUUCGUGGAAUCGCAAGCACAGUGGGCUCCCCUGUUGCUGGAACGAUUGUAUCAGCGACGUCUACCUUUUCAAUCGCGUUUCUGCUUUCUGGAGCGACUGUUCUGAUUGGCGGAUUUUUAUACAUAGCAAUCAUUCUGCAUGAAAGGGCCAAGUUAAACAAACUGAUUGCGGAUGCAGACAGCGAUCACGGUAAGUAG